GCUGGGGACGCCGGGAAAGACUAUUGGUCUUACUUGGUCGCGGCCGCUGCCACCAUGUCCCGCUUGUCGGUCCCUUGUCAUGUGAAAGGUACCGUGGCCCUGCAGGUGGGCGACGUGCGGACCUCCCAAGGCCGGCCUGGCGUGCUGGUCAUCGAUGUCACCUUCCCCAGCGUCGCGCCCUUCGAGUUGCAGGAGAUCAUGUUUAAGAAUUACUACACAGCCUUUCUGACCAUCCGUGUUCGCCAGCACACCUCAACACACACUCCAGCCAAGUGGGUGACCUGCCUUCGGGACUACUGCUUGAUGCCUGACCCACACAGUGAGGAGGGAGCUCAGGAGUAUGUAUCGCUGUUCAAGCACCAGAUGCUGUGUGACAUGGGCAAAGUACUGGAACUACGCCUGAUUCUGCGACAGCCAUCACCACUGUGGUUGUCUUUCACGGUGGAGGAGCUGCAGAUCUACCAACAGGGACCAAAGAGCCCUUCCAUGACCUUCCCCAAGUGGCUCUCGCACCCAGUGCCUUGUGAGCAGCCUGCUCCCCUUCUUGAGGGUCUCCCAGACCCCAGCAGGGUAUCAUCCGAGGUACAGCAGAUGUGGGCGCUGACAGAGAUGAUCCGGGCCAGUCAUACCUCCACAAGGAUCGGCCGCUUUGAUGUGGAUGGCUGUUAUGACCUGAACUUGCUCUCCUACACUUGAGCUGUGGCCCUUAGUCAAGACGUUGGCCUUCCAUGCCCAUCCAGGCCCAGUUUGGGCCAUCAGAGGCUGAAGUGCUGUCCCUGUGCAUUCCGAGUGUUGCCUGCAUGCGCAUCCUGUCGGGACCACGUUCACAGAGUCAAGAUUCUUGGGGGCUCACUGUGUUGCUUUAGCAUGAACUCCUGGAGGGGAUACACUCUGUCCUCACCUGACUGCAACCCAAACCUCCUUCGCCCUCCCUAAAAACACUCCAGUUCUAUUACUAAGAAUCCCCCUGUGCCCUCUGUCUCCUCUGCCAACAUGAACAUUCCUAUCUUCUGCCUGCUCCCUCACCCUGAGUGUAGUAGGCUGGGGUAACCUACUAGAACCUGCUCUGUCUAGCCUUGGAAGACUGCUAUAACUUGGCAGUCGUAGUUUGGAAGCUUGAAGGAGAAACAGGAGCCGCGUUUUUCCUUCUGCGCCCCCUAAUGGUCUUCUUUCCCUUUGUAUUAUGCCCACAAAAAGAAAAUUCCUAUCUAAACUCUUCUGCUGCUUGCCUAGGGAGCCACACAAAGCUGGGAAUUUGCGCAGCCUGAGUCCCUUGGUCCCUGAGUUGGCUCCUGGAUGUGUGUUCAAAUGGGUCUGCCCCCAUCCAUCGGGUCGGCGGGUGCCCUGGGCAAGGCUGGGGCCUGAAAAUGAGUCCUGGGACCUGUCUGCCAUCUGACAGAGCCCAGAGCGCAUCCUUGUCCCUCUUCCAGUUGCCCCCAUCUAAGAGCCACGCUCAGUGUGAUGAGAGAUCAACCUCGGUGGUGGUGGUGGGGGCCAGGUGAGGGUUCUCAUUGGUGUCUUUUAAGAGGCUGAGGUUUUCUACAACCCCAGGCCAGCAGCUGAAUAAGACAGGCUGCUGCUCCUUAUGAGAAAAUCCUGCUUCUCUCUGUUUUUUCCUGGCUUUCUUCUGGAGGCUGUUAUGAGGCAGUACUGCAACAUGUGUUGGACCUGGAAAGUUGGAUGUUUGUGUGGCUCAACAGCUUUCUAGGGGAAGGGCAGCCACUUUUUGGUGGCCACCUUCUGAUGUCACCUAUCAGAGUUCUCGUAGGUGGUAUCUGCCUGCAGGGUCAUUUACUAAGCCCCAUUCAGCUUUUGCUAAGAGGGUAAUGAUCAGUCUUGUGCUCAGGGAGUAGCAGCCCUCAGUGUGUAUGUGAAUGAGGGGGGAGGUCCCUGGGAUGGCAGGGACCCUGCUUCCUGCACAGCUCUGUCCCCAGCACAGGGCCUAGUGUGCAGCAAGAUCAAUAAAUACUUGUGGAAUGCA